AUGAAGAAGGAGCAGGUGCUGAACUGCCGCUUUUCCGUGUGGUACCCGCUCUUUCGCGCACUCACCAUCCGCAGUACUAUACUUCCCCUGCCAGACAAUGUGAAAGAAUAUUUGCUGGAUGAUGGAACGCUUGUAGUUUCUGGAAGAGAAGAUUCUCCAACUCGUUCUCAAGAGGGGAGUGAUGACGAAGCAGAGGAAAUACAGUGGUCAGAUGAUGAGAAUACUACAACGCUUAAGGCUCCGGAAUUUCCCGAGUUUGCAGCUAAAGUCCAAGAAGCAAUAAGUUCCUUGGGAGGCAGUGUUUUUCCUAAACUUAACUGGAGUGCUCCAAGGGAUGCCUAUUGGAUAGCAAUGAAUAGCUCUCUGAAAUGUAAAACGCUCAGUGACAUCUUCCUCCUCUUCAAAAGUUCAGACUUUAUUACUCGUGACCUCACUCAGCCGUUUAUUCACUGCACUGAUGAUUCGCCUGAUCCUUCCUUGGACUAUGAGCUUGUUCUUCGAAAAUGGUGUGAGCUAAUCCCUGGUGCAGAAUUCAGAUGCUUUGUCAAGGAAAACAAGCUUAUAGGUAUCUCGCAAAGAGACUACACUCAAUACUAUGAGCAUAUCUCUAAGCAGCAUGAAGAGAUCUGUAGAUCAAUCCAGGAGUUUUUCAAGAGAAACAUACAGUAUAAAUUCUUGGAUGAAGACUUUGUUUUUGAUGUGUACAGAGACAGCAGGGGCAAGAUUUGGCUAGUAGAUUUUAACCCUUUUGGUGAAGUAACAGACUCGCUGCUGUUCACCUGGGAAGAACUGAUGUCUGGGAACAACUUGAAGGGAGAGCAGGGCGAAGGGGAAGCCACGGAGCAGGACUCUCCAGUUUUCCGUUGUACGAACAGCAAAGUUCCUGUCCAGCCAAGCCCAUACCUGAGUUACCGACUGCCGAAAGAUUUUGUGGACCUUUCUACAGGAGAGGAUGUUCACAAAUUAAUUGACUUUCUUAAACUGAAAAGAAAUCAGCAGGAUGAUGACUGAACUAUCAAGAAGUGUUGCAUUGAAUUACAAGCAAAAAAUAUGGCAAAAUCUAUAUUUAGCAUAACUAUUAAACUAUCAGUUU